AUGUCGACCAAUACGCAGCCCGAAGAGGCUCCCCAGUGGCAGCGCGAGACCCAUAACGAGUACUUCUACAAUCUCUGUGAUUUGAAGUUUGCCCUUGAGGACGAAGUGGCUAAAUACACCGCAACCCUGACAAACGAACAACUGUCGUCGCUAUUCAUUUCCGUGCUGGAUGACCUCAACGUCGACGACGAAGCGCCUCUGGAUUUUGGGCCAUCGUUUUUUGCUCCGCUGCCACAAGGCACGUUCGACAAAUUUCUCGAGACAUAUGGGGAACACCUGUAUCCUCCGCGAUAUGACGACGGAACCAACAUGAAUUGGAAUCGUCUGUGUGGGAUGCCUUCGCUUUUGCACUGUGACGGAACUUGCCCGGCCGACGAGCCAAAAGAUCGCUUGGAUUUCACUAAACGAGAAUGUGACGGCCACUUGGAAGCCCAGCGACGGGCUACGUGGUUAGAAUCGAUGUACCAGUAUCGUGAACGCCGACCGGGCGGGCAUGCCUUAGGGAUAAGCGCAUUGGCGAACUGGGUCGAACUGACCGGUGAUCGGUGGUGCAAUAACCAGCACCAUUCUCUUCGGGCCUUCACCUGCAGCAAUGGUACGACGCAUCACCAACACGUAACAUCAAGAGAUGCUCGCGUGGACCUCUCUGGCCUGGUGCCGCACGCGACAAUGGUUGUCGCAGAGCCAUGUGCAUUUGGCGCCACAGAUGUCCUGCUGGGCGAUGUUUUGGCGGCUGUGGAAUUGAUGAGACGCCAAGUGCGUUACCACGAGCACCUUUCCCAUCGAAUCUUCCCGCAUGAUACUACUGCGCGCAUCGUGCAGGCGCAUUUUGAUGGCCAUCGUCUUUUUAUCCGCCAGUCCCGGCUCCUGGAUCUAAAUGCUGACGAGCCGACACCAGAUGCGUACCUUUUGCUGCGCUGGAUGGCAAGCCGGCCACAAGGCAACACGGAGUAUGGCAAGCCGUUUUGCACUGACGAUGCACCGAUGGCAAUCACCACGAAGGAACCGGAAGAGCCGAGCUCAGCUGUCGCUGUCUUAGGCUGA